AUGGCGUCAUUCCACACAGAGUCCAUCGAGAAUAGGCUCAUCUCGGCAACUGCAUCCGUACUAAGUUUGCCGAAAAAUAGCAUAGAGUUGUUCGACUCCUUCUCUGACCUUGGAGGCGACAGGCCCUCUGCUGUCGCCCUAAGGAAGAGGUGCAUGAGCCUCGGACUUGGUGUGAGGACGAGCGACAUCCUCCGCUGUCAGACCUUGGCGGAGCUUCAGACCUGCAUCACCCCCUUGGUUCAGGCCGCGCCUGUGUCCAAGGACUCCGAAGAAGACAGCACUUCUCCCUCUGAUGUCUUCAGCUCAAGUCCCAGACGAAACAGCGUAUACUCAACAUCAUCGUGCGAUUCCUCCAACAGUGUCGACGCAGCACCGGUAAGGAGCGCAGCCGUCAUCAGGCCAAAGGCUGGCUACUUGGAGGGCAAGCUCGUGGCUUUCAUCGCGCUGGCCUCGGGCCGGGUCUCACAAUCCAGCCUGUCCAGCAUCCGACUCGUCCCCCAAUCACAGAUGCACUUUGCUGGGAGUCAGGUUGCAGCAGUUCGACUGGCUCUCGAAACAUCGGGAGGAGCGCACACCGUACCAAAUUCAUGGAUCGUGCUUGAUCAGAUGCCUUCAAACGGAGAGGGCUCCGUCGACCGGAGGCGGCUUCAGACAUGGAUCCAGAACAUCAAUGAAGACAUGUACCACCAAAUCUCGAGCCUCGAAUCUCACGAGCUCUUUCAGGAGCCAUUAACCGAGAUGGAGCGGAUUCUGCAAAAGAAUGUUGCCAACGUCCUCCGGAUACCUCCGAGACAAGUCGGCAUGAAUUUCUCAUUCGGCCAACUUGGGGGUGAUGACAUCUCUGCCAUGAUGCUCGUUUCCGCAUGUCGGACAGAGUCCAUCAUCGUGAGGCCAGAAGACGUUCAACAGUGUCCGACACUUGGCCAGCUAGCAUCAGUCGCCUACCGGAAAGAUCAGAGAACCGAUGUCUGGAAUGAAGAAUCGCUAGAAGGCUUCAAGCUGUCACCAAUACAGCAGAUGUACUUCGAUACCGGAAUAGGUGGCCGCAUCGAGCAGCGCAUGGCAUCCAACGGCGGCUACCGCUUCAAUCAGAGUCUCCUCCUUCGGGUUAAGAACAACUCAACAUUGGAGGAUAUCCACGCCGCUAUCGCGACGGUUGUCGGCCAUCACUCCAUGUUACGCGCGAGGUUCAGACCUGAUGCCGACGGCUGGACCCAACGGAUCGUGCCCAAGGUGGACGGGUCCUAUGGAUUCCGUUAUCAUUCAGUCAGCACAACCGAAGAAGUCAUGGGCAUUGUCGCGCAGUCACAAGCCACCAUCAAUAUUGAGUCUGGGCCUGUGUUUGCAGUCGACCAUUUCCGAACCCACGACGGCCAACAACUGGUCUACCUCCUCGCCCAUCAUCUCGUCGUGGACAUGAUGUCAUGGCGCAUUAUCAUUCAUGACCUCGAUGAGUUGCUACGUGAAGGCACGCUGUUUUCCGAGCGCUCCAUGCCAUUUCAGAGAUGGAACGAGUUGCAAGAAGAGUACAUCAGCAACCAUCCAGAGCAGCUUGUGAUGCCAUAUCAGCUGCCCAGCGGCCAGUACAACUACUGGGGCCUCGAAGACUCACUCAACACCUAUAACGAAAUCUCAGUCGCAAGCUUCACUCUCACUCCGGAGUUGACAUCAAUCCUUCACACAGCAUGUAACCAAGUCUUCAAGACUGAUAUGUCGGACAUCUACAUGGCAGCUCUGCUCCUUUCAUUUAGCCAGACUUUCCACGACCGUCGGGCCCCAGUCAUCUGGAACCAGGAACACGGCAGAGAACCAUGGAGUCAAGACAUUGACAUCACAGAAACGGUUGGCUGGUUCACCUCACUCUGCCCGGUCGCAAUGCAAGUCGACAUGCCCGACGAUUUCCUCAAUGUUUUGCGCAAAAUGAAGGACACGAGACGAUCAAUUCCUCGCCGCGGAUGGAGUUACUUUGCGUCGAGGUAUUUCGGGUCCGAAGCAGCGACAAGAUGCACCGAGGGUUGGCCAUUGGAGAUCAUGUUCACAUACGCCGGCUCCGUCCAGCAGCUUGAAAGGGAGAAAGGCGUCCUUGAGCAACUUACGAUUCCCGGAAGGCUUUGGUCAACAGAUGCCGCCGACAUUGGCCCCGAGGUGUCUAGAAUUGCUCUCUUUGAGGUAUCAGCCAUGGUCGAUCAAGGCGCUGCUUCGGUCCAAAUCGUCUACAACCGUAAUUCCAAGCACCAGGAAAAGAUUACUGAAUGGAUCCAGAUGUACGAGCACCUUCUCUACGAGGCCAUCGGUAGGCUGCGAUACCGGGGCCAAGAACUCACUCUAUCCGAUGUUCCAAUGCUCAACACCACCUAUGAGGGCCUCGCAAAGCUCAAUACUGACCGCCUUGUGGCUUUGGGGCUUUCUAGCGCCAAGGAAAUUGAGGACGUCCUGCCUGUCACAGCAUUACAACAAGAGAUUCUCAUCAGUCAAACCCAGGAUAUCGAGACGUGCCACAACCACGCCAUCUAUGAGCUCGCAUCACCAAACGGUGUACUGGCCGACCAGGCGCAGAUCUGCAACAUUUGGCAGCAGAUCGUGGCUAAGUAUCCGGCUUUGAGAACCGUCUUCAUUGACAGCAUUUCCGAGGACGGCCUUUUUGACCAAGUUGUUUUAAGGAGAUGCUCGCCCGACAUGCUUUUUGUCGAUGCUGAAGCGGGAACAGACCCUGUGGCUGUUCUCAACGCCUUGCCGCCAAUGAGUCCGACGCCGUCCAACCCGCGCCACAGGGUUUCAGUAUGCAAGUCGCAUGCCAGCACGUUUCUGCGGCUCGAUAUCAGCCAUGCACUCUGCGAUGCACUGAGUCUUCAAAACAUCGUCUGGGACCUGAAGAGGAUGUACAACUCGAGCAAAGUGUCUAUGAAGGUUCUCGACCCGUCACAUGCUACUUGCAUCCAGUACAUCUCGUCUGCUCGCCAAGAGAACAGCCUUAACUUCUGGAUCGGUCGCCUCCAAGAGACGAAGCCCUGCUUCUUCCCACGUUUAAUGACUCUCAACGACGCCACCAUGCGACACACCAACUUUCACGUUGAAUUGCCGAUGGCCCACAUCGACGACUUUUGUCGGUCACAGGAUGUCAGUAGAUCGACCCUCAUGCGGAUGGCAUGGGGACUUGUCCUGCGUGCAUUCACUGGCUCCAACCAAGUCUGCUUCGGCUACCGCUCAUCAGGUCGAGAUGCAGCAGACGCCCCAGAAGGAGUGGCCCUCUCGGUGGGCACCUUUGAGAACACUACGGCAUGUUCAAUUGGACUCGAGAAUCACAAGUCCGUCGCUUCAGUUCUCAGGUCCAUUGAGGACGAUGCUGCGGUCUGCCGUCCGCACCAAUACGUGCCAAUGUCGGAAGUUCAGCAUGCUCUCGGCCUCAAGGGUGACAGCCUCUUCAACACUUGCCUGUCUUACCAGGAAGAACCCCAUGAGCUGAAAAGCAGGUUCAGCUCCACGCGUCCACCCAUGAGACUGUCUUGCGUUCAGGCCUUCAACACGCCCGAUUUCGAUGUUACCUUCUCGUUGACCCUCGUCAAUGGGCAGCUUGUUACCGGGGUUUCGCACAGACUCCUGACUGCUUCCCAGGCAGAAAAUCUCACCAACACGUUUGGACGUGCUGUUAUCUCUAUCCUUGGAAACCCUGACGACAAUCUUGGCAGUGUUGAUCUCUUCACCGACAGGGACUACGCCCAGAUCUUGAUUAGUGAUUGGGAGGUGGACAACGGCAAAGGCACCGCACAUGGCUGUGUUCAUACUCUUGUAUCGCAACAGGGCAGACUUAAUCCCGAUGCGCAGGCUAUCUGCGCCUGGGAUGGUGGGCUUUCUUAUCGGCAGGUCUGUCGACUUGUUUCCCGACUGGCGACGUUUCUCGUUCAAUGGGGAGUCCGGCCUGGCGUUGCUGUCCCUGUGAUCCUCGAUAAGAACAAGUGGGCGGUGAUCAGCAUCUUGGCCGUGUUGAAAGCCGGUGGUUGCUUCGUUCCCAUCGAUGCCGAGGAUCGAGCCAAUGUGGAAACUUUUAUCCGUCAGCUCACACCCAAGGUUAUCGUCACAACAGACAUGAUUUGGAAAAACCUCGAGUCCAUCGUCGAAGGAGUAAUCGUGGUUGACGAUACUCUCUUCGAGGUCAACUUUCCAAUGCAGGCGCCUUUGCCCAUGGCAGCACCUGACGACGCCGCUUGCAUUCUUCUCUCACCUGGGUCGUCGCGAAGCCGAGAUGCGAAGGGCAUUGUCUUCCACCACGCGGCUCUGUCCUCAGCAUUUCUCACGCAGGGCCGCGCUCUGAACCUCGACAAUAACAGUCGUGUGAUGCAGCUGUCUUCCUUCAAUGUUGACACCGCUCUGAUCGAACUGCUGUCGACCUUAGUCCACGGCGGCUGUGUGUGCAUUCCAUCCUCUGUCGAGAGAACCAGUGAUAUCGUCGGCGCCGCUUGCAGGAUGGAUGUCAACUGGAGCUACAUGACGCCUGUGCUAGCGCGAAAAAUGACACCGGCCGCCAUCCCGAGCUUGAAGACUGUCUGCUUCAGAACGCGUCGUCUGGACGAGGAUACCUGUGCCCCUUGGAUGGCGAAAACGAAGGUUCUACUGGCAUAUGGUGCUCCCGACGUUUGCCCUCUUGGGGUCUCUGUCCUGGAGGUCACAAAGGCCUCGGACCUCUCGCGCGUUGCGCCUCCAUUCCUGGGAAAAUUCUGGGUCGUCAACCCCGAAGACCACCGCAAGCUGAUGCCGAUCGGCGCGAUUGGCGAGCUCGACUCGGACCCAUCGCUCGAGGACGGCAAGCCGAAAACACGCUACUUCAAGACAGGCCACCGCGUUCGGUACCUGGAAGAUGGCAUGCUCGACUUCGUGUCUAGUGGCCGCGACGACCUCGAGAGCAACGGACAGAUCGUCCCGGUGACCGAAAUCGAGCAAAAGCUCCGACGAUGCCUGGGCCAAGGCGUGGACCUCGCCGUGGAAACCAUAAUCAGCCGUGAUGCGCAGCCUUCCCUUGCGGCCUUUGUGGAGCUCGGCGAGAAGUUGUUCGAGGGUUCUGAGGACCUGAAUAGAAUCACCAUCACCACCCGGGAGCGCACAUACAUUGCUAAGAAGCUCAUCGAAUCGUCCUUGGGCACCAGUUUGCCGUCACACAUGAUGCCAACUAUUUUCGUUCCCGUAAAGCACCUCCCCGUAACGCCCUCUCUCAAGGUCAACCGUCGCAGGCUCCAGAAGAUGGUCGGCUGGUUGUCGCAGGAGCAAUUGGAGGCUCUUUCGACAGUUGCAUCACCUGAUGAGGUUCGCUCAGUCGGUAUCAAACCUCUCCCCCUGACCAAGGUUGAGGAGCGUAUGCGAUCCAUCUGGGCGUCCCUCCUGGGAGUUCACCCGUCAAGCAUCCGUGGUAAUCAGAGCUUCUCCAUGUUAGGUGGCCAGAGCUACCUAGCCGGUCAGCUCGUCAUCGCAUGCCGGAAGCAGGGGCUCAUUGUUGCCCUAACCGACAUCCUUCGCGGCGCCACCCUUACCGAGCUCUGCCAAGGCAUUACCCUAAGCUCAGAUUACGCCCUUGAGGCUGCGGAGCCUGAGUCGUCAACCCCAUCGGUUGGAUCUUCAUCAGAGACCGUGUUUGAAGAACAAUUCGUUCACGAUGUGAUUGCUCCGAAGCUUAACGUCGAGCGCGAAGCCAUCAACGAUGUCGCGGAGGCCUCUGCGACUCAGCUGAAGUUCCUUGAGACCGGCUUGUUAAAGGGAAGUUCGAGCCUCACCUACUUCACGUUCAGCUUCACCGGGCCAGUUCAAACCAAGAAGCUUGAAGCUGUGUGCAUCUGCCUGGCGAAGAUCCAUCCCAUACUACGAACGGCGUUCGUCAGCCAUGAGAGACGGGUGUACCAAGUCGCGCUGAAGUCCUUCGUCCCCGAGUUCAAGAGGAUCGAGGUUCCAACCUGGAGGGUCUCAACGAUGACUGAAAAGCUGAUCAAGAGAGAUCAGACAGGCUCUUUCAACCUCGAGGUCCCUAUGACAAAGUUCUUCUUCAUCGACGCCGGGAAGCAAUCCAACCUUGUCCUGCGACUCUCUGGAGCACAGUAUGAUGAUGCUUCCAUUUGUCUUUUACUGCAGCACCUGAAGAGCAUCUACAUCGCUCCUUCUUGCCCGCCAAGGAGAGCCACCUACUAUGAUUUUGCCCGCUCGGUGCAGCUUUCUCACAACCACGGCGCAAAGGACCACUGGAGCUCUUUGCUGGAUGGAGCAAAAAUGACCCAGAUCAUCGCCCACAGCAAGCCGCCAGCGCUGAGCACGAACGUCAAAACAAUAUCCCAAAAGGUCUCGGUAAUGUCCCUGGCCAACAUCGGCAUCUCCUUCGACACGGUCGUCAAAUCGGCCUGGGCUAUGACACUUGGCAAUCUUUCUGGGUCAGGCGACGUUCUCUUUGGAGAGAUCGUCGAGGGAAGGCAUCUUAGACUGGCUGACGGUUCCGACAUCUCGGGUACUCUUGGACCCGUGUCCAACGCCAUCCCUGUCCGUGUACGAUUCGCGGAGACGCUGAGCAGCCCCCUCGAGCUGCUCAAGUAUGUUCACAGCCAACGUGUUACGAGCAUCCCCUUUGAGAACAUGGGCUGGCUCGAAAUCGUUGAAAAGUGCACCAAGCUCCCAUACUGGACGCGCUUCAGCACAGUCGUCGAACACCGCCACCAGGAUGCCGCCAAAGAAGCAGCCAUUUUCAACCUCGGCACCAUCAAGUGCAAGUUCAACGUUCAAGAGCCCAUCAGCAGAGACGUUUAUGACCUUCACGUCAUCUCCACUCAGGAAACCCCCAGCAGCGGCGACAUCUCCCUCACGUUCUGCGAGAACCGCAUACCGACUCUUUUUGCCAACGAGACUCUCAAAACCCUCUGCUCCAACAUCGAGCUGCUCACCUCAGUCUCCAUGCUUCAUCCACUCAUCCCCUCCUCUGCCGACUACUGCGACGUAGCGCCACAGAUACCCUUGCCUCAGCUCGAUAUGGAAACAAAGUCCACGAACGUCGGCGCCACCAUGUCUGAGAGCCAUCGCACCGCCGUCCAAGCAGCCAUCUCCAAAGUCUGGACAAAGGUCCUUGACCCGCUUUCCCUGGGCGUCCCCGAGACACAGCUUCACAACGCGGCGUUCUAUGACCUGUGGGGCAGCAUGAUGCCCGCCUCUCAGCUCGCCGAGCUGCUGACGCAGGAGCUUCCCAAGCUAGGCAUCCCCGGGUCUCACAACCUGACCAUCUCGAUGGAAGAGAUCAUGGCGCACCCGACGCCGGGAGAGCAGUUUGAGCUAGCAGCCCGCAAGAUGCGCGACGCCAAGAGGAGGACCAUCAUUGAGGUCUUGUCGCCCAAGUCACACCCCUCUUGGGGUCGUGGGCUGAAGAGGCUGAGCACGACGGUCAUUAAGGAAAAGAUCUCUUCUGAACGCGGGCUGAGCAGCACCAGCGCCAGCUCUUCGAGCUCCAUUGAUGUGUACAGGGGCCCCGCUUUGCAGCAGCCGGCGCCGUUUAUGGAUUCUAUCGCCGAGGGCGCUAUCAGCGGCGUGGGCGACGUCCACGCGGCGAGACCUACGUCGCCGGUGGAGUUGGAUGAGCUGCGGAGGCAGAGGUUGAGUCUUGCGGUUGAGUACGACGGGAGUAGCAUGGAGAGCAUGACGACGGGGAGUAGCCGUACCGAUGAGGAGGCCGAGGACCGUCAAGUGAGCGCUCAGAUCAAGGAGGAGGGCGGGAACGUGGUGAGCCCGCUGAGUGUGUCGACUGCCCUAUCGCCCGUGAGGGAGAGUAGACUCCGACGGAAGGCAGGCAGUGUGUUGAACCGGAUCAGUCUUGUUAGUCCUGUGAGCAUUUCUGGGUCGAAGUUGGGGCAUCACUAA